CUCCAAAUGAUGUGCUAGUCAUUUUAAGACUUUAUUAUUAUUAUUUUUAUUUUAGGCUCCAAAUCAGACAAAUCCUCUUUGCGAAAACUCAUUUCACUUUCUCUCUCCUCUUUCCUGGUAGUUCAACUUCUGCUGAGUGUUUGUGCUACUUUUUUUUUUCAGGCAACUUGAGCGAGAUUCUGACGGUUACUACAAUAUUUGAACUGGAAAGCCUGGAUUUACAAGUGCAUGAACUCAACCCGAUUGCUGAUAUCUUCGCUGAUUCUCUAAGGUACUGAGUUUUCCCUGUCUUGGGCUAACAGAUGUAUAGACGCUGAAGCAAAUUCGAGGUGAACAGCUAGUCAAAAUGACAAAGAAGAGUCACCGCAUGAGAAAUUCAAUAAAGUCCUUUGUUGAAAAGCAUACUGAUCCUGAACAACAUGAGAAGCUGAAAGAAAUAAAAAAAGACAUGGAGGAGAAGAAGCAAAGAUUACUGAAACUUGUGGAGAGCAACGAAGAAAGUGAGGAAACAAAAAGAGGGCCUCUUGCUGAACUCGUUGAGGAUUUCCAUAAACAAUAUGAAUCACUCUUUUCUCAAUAUGAUAAUCUCACUGGAAAACUGAAGGACAAAGUUAACAAGCCACAGCAAAAGAAAGAGAAGUUAUCUUCCUCCUCAGAAUCAGAGUCUGGCUCCGACUCUGAUCAUUCUUCCAAGGGAAAAGACGACAAAAAUGGAAAACUAAUAGAGGAAAAUGAAGACACAGAUGGACUCCAGCAAGAGCUUGAAGCAGCAAAACUCAAAGUUGCAGAUCUCGAAAAUGAGUUGGCAACAAUAUGCAAUGAGAAAAUCUUGAUUGAAUCAGAGAACAAGACACUACUGACAAAACAACAAGAUUCAGACAGAACAGUGGAAGAUUUGAAAGUAGAGGUUCAACGAUUGGAUUCUGAGAAAUCAGAAAUCCUUGAAGAAAAAGAAGAGCUAAAGUCAAAAUUGGAGAACUUUGUGAAGACUGAAGCUGAACUGAAUCAACAAAUUGAAGAACUGGUCAGAGAUAGAGAUAGUCAAGCUACGGAGAAAGAAGAUUUUAUUAAAAGACUUGAAGAAGGGAAUCACAACGUAGAUAAUUUGAAAGGCGAAGUCAAUCAGCUGCAGAGUGAGAGUAAAAGGCUUGAGGUUGAAUUAGAGACAGCUGCACAAGAAAUCUCUCGGAUAAAACUGGAAUUAGACUCGUCAAAGCAGGAAACAGAACACUUAAAGGAGACUGUGAAAGUUGCUGAAGAGGAAAACGUGUCUCUUUCUUUGAAAAUGUCACAAGUGACUGAUGAGCUCAAGCAGGCACGAGAUACCAUGGAAGAGCUGAAAGCAGAGUCUACCAACUCAAAUGAUAAAUUGACUGAGCGGGAAAGAGAGUUCUUAUCUCUAAGGGAGAUGCACGAGGCACAUACAAUUGGAGCUUCAGAACAAGUGAAGGCUUUGGAAGAGGAGACGAACAAUUUAAAACUCGAACUGGACUCGUCAAAACAGGAAACAGAAAACUUGAAGGAAUCCUUGAAAGCUGCUGAAGAAGAAAACAGUUCCCUCUCUCAGAAAAUCUCGCAACUGACCGAUAAAUUCCAGCAAGCAGAGGUUACCCUGGAAGAGCUGAAAGCUGAGUCUAACAACUCAAAAGAAAUAUUGUUUGAACGAGAAAGGGAAUUCUCAUCCCUAAGGGAGAUGCACGAUGUACAUACAACUGGAGCUUCAGAACAAAUAAAAGCUCUGGAGGAGCAGACAAACAAUUUGAAGCUUGAAUUGGACUCGUCAAAACAGGAAACAGAAAACUUCAAGGAAUCCAUGAAAGCUGCUGAAGAAGAAAACAGUUCUCUCUCUCAGAAAAUUUCACAACUGACAGAUGAACUCAAGCAAUCACAGGAUACCCUAGAAGAACUGAAAGCUGAGUUUAACUACUCAAAAGAAAUAUUGGUUGAACGAGAAAGGGAAUUCUCAUCCCUAAGGGAGAUGCACGAUGUACAUACAACCGGAGCUUCAGAACAAAUAAAGGCACUGGAGAAAGAGACAAACAAUUUGAGGCUCGAAUUGGACUCGUCAAAACAGGAAACAGAAAACUUGAAGGAAUCCAUGAAAGCUGCUGAAGAAGAAAACAGUUCUCUCUCUCAGAAAAUUUCACAACUGACAGGUGAACUCCAGCAAGCAGAGGAUACCCUGGAUGAGCUGAAAGCUGAGUCUACCAACUCGAAUGAUAAAUUGGCUGAGCGGGAAAGAGAGUUUGUAUCUCUAAAGGAGAUGCACGAGGCACAUACAACUGGGUCUUCAGAACAAGUGAAGGCUUUGGAAGAGGAGACAAACAAUUUGAAACUCGAACUGGACUCGUCAAAACAGGAAACAGAAAACUUGAAGGAAUCCUUGAAAGCUGCUGAAGAAGAAAACAGUUCCCUCUCUCAGAAAAUCUCGCAACUGACCGAUAAAUUCCAGCAAGCAGAGGUUACCCUGGAAGAGCUGAAAGCUGAGUCUAACAACUCAAAUGAUAAAUUGGCUGAGCGGGAAAGGGAAUUCUCAUCCCUAAGGGAGAUGCACGAUGUACAUACAACUGGAGCUUCAGAACAAAUAAAGGCACUGGAGGAAGAGAUAAGCAGUUUGAAACUCGAAUUAGAGACACUAUUUGGUGAGAAAAGAGAAAAAGAAGAGCAGUUUGAGAAUAAAUCAGAGGAAGCCAGACAGUUGGGUGAGGAGGUAGAAGAGUUAAAGGCACAGAUUUCACAGAUGGAGAUGAUGUCAAAGGAAAGAGAAGAGCAGAUAUCUUCUCUCCAAAAGAAACUGGAGGUUACGGAGAGCGAGUCAAAUUCCAGAAUUGAAGCCCUGACAGCCCAAGUCAACGACUAUACACAAGAAAUAGAAAAAAUUUCUGUUGAGAAAAGUCAACUGGAAGAACAGAUGGCUGGAAGAAGUGGUGAAGCAUCAUCUCAAAUAAAGGAAUUACAGGAACAGGUCAGCUCAUUAGAGCAUGAAAUGAAGAUCUUACAAGUUCAGGAAAGGGAGUUGAAAUUGGACCUUGAGAGAAAAGAUGAGGAUAUUGCAGAGUAUCGGAUACAAAUAGAAGGUUUGCACGAGAAAUUAACUAGCAGCGAUGCCCUUCUGAAGCGACUUUUUGAAGAAAAGGAAACUCUGUCAGCCAAGUUAAUGGACCGAGAAGUUGAAGUGGAAACUCUACAUAGCCACAAAACAGGACUUGAAGAGCAAACUAUAUCAACCAGCAACGAGGCUACUCAACUAAGAGAGGAGACCGAAAGGUUGCAAGACAGGAUUCGUGACCUUGAGAAAGCAUUACAGGAGGCAACAGAUGAGUUAUCUACCUUCCAGAGGAGGCUUGAGGAUGAGGAGAAUGAAGCAUCUUCCAAGAUUACAGCCUUAAUGACGGAGAUCGGCAAUUUGAAGCAGGAAUCAGAAGCAGUUCAGACCAUUAAAAGCCAGUUGGAGGAACAGAUUGAAAAGGAGAAACAGGAAAAAUUGGAGGGUCUAAACCUGCUAGAAACUGAGAAUGCUGAGCUGAAAUACAAAAUAGAUGAUCAUCAAAAGUUUGUAAAAGAAUUAGAGGAUGAAUUGAUCAAUAGAAGAGAGCAGUGUGACCAACUUGAAACUCGUCUUCAAGAGAUUGAGGCGGAACUCCAAGUAGCAAAUGGGACAGUUUGGGAACUAAAGGAAGAUUUGAGCAUGAGUAGUGAAGCAAAAGAUGAGAAGAUUUUGGAGCUUGAGAUAUUAGUUGAAGACCUGAAAAGAGAUCUUGAGGUAGCUACAGAUGAAGAGAAGACUGCUUGGGAGAAAACGCGGACAAUUGAAGUUCAGCUUCGCCUAGCAAACCAAAAGCUCCGAAUCACAGAGCAACUACUAACUGAAAAAGAAGAGGACUUCAAGAUUGCGGAGUUGAAAUAUCAAGAAGAGUGCAAAGAGCUAGAAGACAAAAUCACUCAGCUUUCUCAACUACUUGCUGCUAACACUGAAGCUUACCGUGGAACAAUAGUGAAUAUCUCAGAUAAUGUGAACAAAUCAUUAUCUGAAAUGGAGUCAAUCGUGAAGAAGUUCGAGGAAGAUCACAAGAAUUUCUCAAAUAAUAUCUUCAACAUGUCAGAAGAGGUUCAAACCUUGAAGCACUGUGCGGUAGGGAAGAAUGUUGAAGGAAAACAGUUGAAAGAACAGUUGGUAAGUCUAGCUGAGAAAUUGAAGAAUGAGAGAGAACAAGGAGUAAUGAUGAAAGAUAAGAUUGGUAAGUUGGAAGUGGAGUUUGACAAUGAAAAGGGAGAAAAAGAAAAGUUAGUUUCUGCAGUAAAAGAGCUGAAGAAGGCAACAGCGGAGAUAGGAUUCGCGUUGAAAGAGAAAGACGAGCUGGUAUCAGCCCUCGGUGAAGAGAAACGCGAAGCAAUAAGGCAGCUGUGCUUGUGGCACGAUGAUGUGCAUUCCCGAUACGAUGAGCUCAAGAAGUUUGUCUCAAAGAUGAUUUCACAGAAGAGGUAGAGUAGAUAGAAACCUUUUGUUCUUGUUUUUUGGAGAGUCAUGUUUUUAAUUUUGGCUCAGGGAUUGUUAAUUUGAUAUUGUUUCAUUGUCUUCUAUAGUGGGUCGAUUGUGUCAUGGGUGUUAAAUAGAGUAUAUAUGAGUAUAUUCCUGUGUCUUUUGUCUUUGAAGUAAGUAGUCUUUUCGGUGUGUUUCCCUUCAGUCCAGAUAUUUGGGCACUCGAUUUAUUCUUUUACCUGAUAUCAAAAUAAAUGUCAUGUUUUUAUUAUUUGUUGGA